AUGGUCGUCGACACCCUCGUCUACCACCCCACGGUAGCCCACUACCAGCGCUUCGUCGCCACCACCGUCGGCCGCGACAAGAUCCUCCGCACCCUGCAGUACUUUGCCCGCUUCUACGCCUGGUACCUGCUCCGCACCAACGGCUCCCCCUCGCAGAUGGCGCCCUGGAACGCCGUCAAGAAGCAGUUCGGCCUCGUCCGCAAGGUCAUGCGCGUCGGCAAGAACGUCGAGCACCUCCGCGCCGCCGCGCAGGCCGCCGACGCCAAAGCCGUCGAGCCCUUUUUGCGCUACGCCUCCGUCGGCCGCCAGCUGGGCUACGCCGGCUACCUCACGCUCGACUCCCUGACCGUGGGCGACGCCGCCGGCAUCAGGAAGUGGCGCCAUGCGCAGACGCUGCAGCAGCAUGCCUAUCGCUUCUGGGCCAUGGGGCUCGUCUUCAGCAUCGCCGCCCAGGCGUACACUCUGUACCGCCUCAAGCAGCGCGAGGCAAAAAUUGACCGCAAGGACGGCGAGGGCGUCGUCGAGAGCAAGCGCAUCCUGAAGGAGCGAGCCGCCAGCCAUCUCCAGCUCAUCUCCGACGUCUGCGACUUGACCGUCCCCUCCGCCGCCCUCGGCUGGGCUGGCUUUGACGACGGCUUCGUCGGUCUGGCCGGAACCGUCAGCAGCUUGAUCGGCGUCUAUACCCAGUGGAAAAAGACCGUCUAG